AUGUUCCUCAGGGGUUUGCGGAGCUACUCCACCGCCGUGCCGGUAUACACGCGGCCAACGUUCCGCCAGCUUUUAAGACAGCCGGUGACGAAGACGUUGGUGCUUACCGGUGUAUUUGGCUCGGCGUUGGUGGAAAUGGUGCACCACAAGCGCCGCCUCAAUGAGACCACCAACCAGUUCAAUAACAAGAUCGAAUUGCUUGAGGAGAUCAUCAACAAGCUUGAGAAGAACGAACCCAUCGAUUUGGAGCGCGAGUUACGCUUGGCGAACGCGUUGACUCAUACUAAGGAAGUGGAUAUCGAUAUUGAUGACGAUGUUGAGAACUUCUUCAAGCAGUUGACCGAGGAGGUCACGGCUGCUCCAACGGUAACCACGCCACCGACGACGACACCGGCGACAGAAGCUAUCGUUGAUGCUACCCACGCCACUUCCGCUACUGUUACUCCCGCGGCCGUAGCCGCUGAUGCUGCUAUUGCUGUCCCCACUGCUAAUGUUCCUACUCCCAUUGAUACCACUAAAGUCAAGUUCUUAUAA